CGUCAAACUCUACCUCGUAUACGCUACGAUGGUCUCAUUGAGUACUCGACUCCACCCGUGACUGACUCUUCAUUUGAUGUAUCAGAAUCUGAAUUGGGUGACGAAGAGAAUUUGGAUUUAAAUUGGAUUCUACAUGCUGGAGAGGCUGCACCCAACAGGCCUAUAUCUCCUCUGAGUAUGGUGGCAGGAGUGACCAAGGCUUAUAUGAAUUUGAAGCCAGAUAGGGGCUUACCCUGGGACAGUGGGAAGGAUGCUACUUGCCUAGUGACUAUGGAUCGAAUGAAAUCAGAUGACCAAAUUGUCCUUAGACGCGAUGACGCCAACGGUGAGCUCAUACCAAUGUCCUAUCGUUCAUUUUGUAGUAUGUAA